AUGACACAUUUCAGAGUCUUCCUCGGCGCCCCAUCCGUCAGUGAUCUCAAAAAACAUUCAGCUGGUUCGUACACCUGGAAGACUAUUGAGCAUUCUUCAACAGAGGCCUCCCAAGCACUACUAUAUCCUCCUGCAACAUCGGAGGCCGCAAGCAGACGAAUAUCUCUGCUCUACCAGAACAUUAUAUUCGACGACUGUGAUGAAGAAGCCCUUGAUCAGGAGCGUGUGGACAAGAGCGCAUGGCCUGAGGGAAGCCAGCCUUUGAUGAAUGAGCAGACGACGGUGAUAACCUGGCCUCCGACCCCUAUUGCAGACACCGUUGAUGUACCUUCCUUCCUGCGCGUAUCGCAGUCCCAGUCCCAGUCUCAGCUUGCAAUGGAUCAAACACAGGAAACCACCUUUGUGUCUUACUCCGACGCGUCGUCUAUAGCUCGCUUCCCGCAUUUUCAGAUUAGCCUUCAUAAGGUCUCGUCUCUUGCAUCCCUCUACAACCAAAAAAUUGCCAGAGGGAGAAAAGUGAAUAUAUUACUCGCCACGCUAGAGGUGGAAGGCCCUGAUACAGUGUGUGUGAAGAAAGGCCCGGACGCAGGGAAAGAAGUUUCUGUUCUCAAAAUGAUUCUGGGUGACGAAGAUGGAUCAGUAUGCAAGCUCACCGCAUGGCGUGAUGUUGCAGAGGCUUGGGGUGCACUGGGCGUCAAGCGUGGAGAUAUAAUUUAUCUAGAGAGUGCGUAUCGUAUCCUUGGGAUCGCAUUGCAUGGACCCACGUUACUUCACAUCACAGACCUCGCACCAACGUGCGAGCCAGGCAGCUCGAUCACCCUUACCGCUUCUCCAUAUAACAAGCCCACCGCGGAGAUUUGCUUUCGCACCAUGCCUUACACACGCGAGGAUAAUCGUCUCCGGCCGGACCUCCGGCUCGGGAAAAGCGACGCCGCCGUCAAGAAGGUCGCUGCACUGACCCAGUGGUUCGAGCGGAUAGCCGGGUUGGCGGUUAGUUAG